AUGAAGCAGCUACAGCACGGACCCCAUUACUUCUUGCGCCCUUUUCCUGCUGCUCCCCGCAAGGCCCCAGAGACGGUCGUCAUUCACUCCAGGACCAAGAGCGGGCUCAUCCGCAGAGACAAGGCUGUCACGGUGAGUCUGGAGCGGCUCAAGGGUCUCUUCGGCUCGAGCCAGGAAAGCGCCGCACAGUCGCUGGGGGUGUCGCUGACGAGCUUCAAAGGCGCCUGCAGGAAGCUUGGCCUUGACCGAUGGCCUUACACGAGGGGCAAGCAGCGGCCUCCAAACAGCCCCCCGCGCAGCUCGACUGCCUCGCCCAUAGUAAGCGACGGCCCUGCUGCACGUGUAGACACACACGACGCGGGAGCCGACGAGCAAGCGGAGGAUGCCGAGGCCUCCAUGCCGUCUCACGGCUUGACGACCUGCUCAUACGACUUGACGACCUUGCUCGAGGGCAGCCAUCUCAUGACGGGGUCCAGGAGAUCGACGGGAGAGCAGAGCGCCGGAGCAACCAGGCAGGCUGAGGAGGCGGGAGGGACAGAAGGCUUGUCAGCUUUAGAUCUUGAGUGGAUACAGGAGUAUAUGGCGGCCGACAUGGAUUGCGAGGAGGGAGCAAUCUGA